AUGGAGAAUUGGUUUUAUAUGAAUCGAAUGACAUUUGAAGAUGUUCGUAAUGAUGAGCUAGGUGUAAACCUUACUGAAAAAUUAUUAUCAAUCGGUUUUGACCUGCCAGUAUCAUUUCUGAUUGGUGAAACAUCAGAUGAAAUAUUAAUAAAAAUUCAACAAACAUAUAGUCGUGAAGUUUGUGGUAAAAUAAUUUGUAAUGAAAAUUGUGUAUUAUGUUCAUUUAACCCGCCAACUUAUGCAAAAUUAGCUUGGUUUGUUCAACGUUUACUUAUUAUGAAUCCAAUACGUAAAACUUUUAUUAAACCAGAAGUAUUUCCAACAUUAUUAAAGGAAGACUUUUCAUUUAUGAAAGAUAAAAAUGUAACAAAUCAUAUCAUAAUUUCUUGUGAUUCUACUGAAGAAAAUUCAUUAGCUGUUAGUGAAGAUGAAAAUGAUAGCAAUAUACGAAGUCAAGAUUCAAAUGAUAAUCGUUUAAAACAUGACUGUUGGGCAAUUAUAAUGCCAAUCAUAUUCUAUAUUAUUCUCUUUGUCAUUGGUUUUUGGGUUUCCAAAGCUUGA